AUGGCUAGAUCACUCAGGUUCCAAGCCUUCUUACCCCUCAAGUUUUGGGGAGAAUGUGUCUCUACAACAGUUUAUCUUCUCAAUCAUUUGCCUGUUGCAUUGCUACAAGGCAAAUCUCCUUUUGAGAAGCUAUUUCAAAAGCCAAUUGUUGACCUUGAUGAUGCCGAGUAUCCUGCAGCCUCACCUAGCCAGUAUCUUGCGGCCUCACCUAGCCAGCACUCUACUGAUGCAGUUGAACCUUCUUCUUCUUCCAUAUCAACUCCUCUAGAUCUUGGCCAACCUAUUCUAUUCUCACCAAACUCUCCUUAUAUCUCAGUUGGUGAACCUUAUGUUCCUUCUAUAGCACUCAGAAAAUCAUCAAGGACUACCAAACCACCUGUGUGGCUAGCUGAUUAUGUGGUUCCACCAGCUAAAUUUGCAUAUCCUAUAUCAAACUAUGUGGCCUAUGAUAAGCUGUCCUCUGCCUAUAUAGCUUCUCUUGCUGCAUUUUCAGCUAUUUUGGAACCCAAAUCCUUCUUAGAAACCACUAGGGAUCCUAAGCGGGUUGAGGCUAUGAAAGCUGAAAUCACAACUCUUGAAGAAAACAACACUUGGUUUAUUAUUCCUCUCCCUUCUGGAAAGAUUCCUAUAUGUUGUAAGUGGGUGUUUAAAGUCAAAUACAAGUCAUCUGGUAAAGUGGAGAAGUAUAAGUACAGGUUGGUGGCCAAAGGAUGGUAUGUGUUCCAAAUGGAUGUUCACAAUGCUUUCCUUCAAGGAGAUCUUCUUGAUGAGAAGAUCAAUUCAGAAUUAAUAGUUAUCCUUGUCUAUGUAGAUGAUCUUCUAGUAACUAGGAGCAGUCUAAGACAUAUCCAACAAGUCAGGAAGGAUUUGCAGGAGAGGUUCAAGAUGAAAGAUCUUGGUGAAUUGAAAUACUUUCUAGGGAUUGAGUUAUCCAGAUCUCAGGAAGGAAUUGCUAUGUGCCAAAGGAAGUAUGCUCUAGAAGUAGUCUCUGAACUAGGGCUAGCAAGUGCACAACCAACAACAACACCUUUGGAGUUCAAUUACAAGCUCACAUCCAUUGAGUGUGACAAGCAAAUACCAAAAACUGGGCCUACAGUGGAUAGAGAACUUAAAGACAAGGGAGGCUAUCCGAGACUAGUUGGAAGGUUGUUAUACUUAACCAUGACAAGGCCUGACAUUGCCUUUGUGGUUCAAGUGCUAAGUCAGUAUAUGCAUGCACCUAAGGUGUCUCACAUGGAAGCUGCUCAAAGAGUAGUGAGGUACAUAAAAACUGCCCAUGGACUUGGACUGUUUAUGUCUGCAAAAGCAAGAAAAUCUCUAUACGGAAAAGGGCCUAAAAUACCCCUAUAG